AUCAUUCGUGGGCAGCGAUCACCGAACUACUAGCUUCGACCCUGCCGACGUGCCCCCGUACCGAUCCUUGUCAGCCAGGCCCAGGCCCACUAUAUUUCACUUGCUAACAGAUUUUGGCUACUUCUUUACACUUAUGACUUCGAAAACCUAAACCAAAGGUCAAGGAUCUGUAUCCUGGGCAUAUCGCCAACCCAAGCUUGAGGCCAGCUACAGUAUCUCCAUCCAUCCAGUCUUCCUGACCCAAGUCAGGCUUGUCAGGUUCGGGAAGGCAGCUGAUGACUGCUGCCGUCUGUGUCGGGCAGAGCGAGAGGAUGAUGAGCACCUUGUUGCAACUUGCCAAGCUCUAUCAUCUGUGCGUCAAGGCCUUAUUAAACGUAUUAAGGAUAACCUCAGCACAAAACAGUUCGAAAAAUACUUCGAGUCUCCCCCUGCGCUGUUCUUGGAGUUGGUGCUCUUUCUCCCUCCUGGCCCCACCAGCAAUACUGCCAAAACACAGCUGCAUACACUUACCCUUUAUUUUAUACACAAUCUCCACACAACCCGUUAAAAUCUACUUACAUGUACCGCUAACAACCUUUAAGGACCCCUAACGACCUAUGGAAAGCCAUUUAUGGAACUUUGGCAGACUCGCAGUGCAGACAAUCUCUGAUCUUAGCGAAGGAAGGAUACAAGAGAGAUAGGUGGAACAUUUUGCAGAGUCUUCUGCAAAUCGGUACUAUUAACCAUUUUCCAAUUUGGUGCUGUGUUCCUGAAUUUGAUCCUGUGUUCCUGCUGUAUAUCCUGUCGUCCUGAUCCCGCACCUGUGCUCCCUAUUCCGUUGCCGUCUCCGACAUCGUCAUCUUUCCGGUUACAGCACCCAUAGCAUCAUUGUCAGUCAUUUCAUCUCGUCUGCAAACGGCCGAAUCAAUACAUCCACUCGAAUCACGAAAAAGUCUACCGCGCUGUAUGUGAAGAACGAUCAUCAAAAUGCUGGUCCAAAUGCUCUCCAGAAAUGGUUCACUUACGAGCAAGGCGCUCAGACAUUGCCCUUGCCAUUCCAAGCAUCAGAUAGUUUCUCAAGCUAUGUUAGCAGUCAGAAGAUAUUCAGAUCAGAGGGCUGUAAGUUUAUCCUACGAUGUUCAUGAACCAAAGCAGUCGACUGCCUCUGGGUCCCACCCAAUACUCUUCCUACAUGGUCUGUAUGGAUCUCGGAAAAACUGGGAGUCUUUGGGGAAACGCAUGGCCUUCGAGCUCUCCAGGACAAUUGUGACCAUCGAUGCUCGUAACCAUGGCCAGAGCAGCCAUUCAUCUACCAUGAGCUAUGAAGCGAUGGCCAACGAUGUCUUGACCCUGAUGGAGCUUGACCUCAUGAUUGACCGAUGCGACCUCGUAGGUCACAGUAUGGGAGGUCGCACAGCAAUGGCCCUAGCAAUGUCUCAUCCAGAAGCUCUGAACAAGCUAGUGGUCGUUGAUGUCAGCCACAUACCUGUGAAGUUGAGCGAUGAUGUCACACAAGCAGCUGAUUACGUUCAAAUCAUGAGGGAUGCCAAGCUCGAUAACUCUGUGUCUUUGAGCCAGACUAAGAGGGAUUUGGGCACACAGCUACAAACUGCAAUUCCAAAUGUUGGAGUGCGGAACUUCUUGCUCACCAACCUGGUCCAGGAGGAGGGACGUCUGAGGUGGAGGGUCAACCUGGAUGCCCUGGAGGCUAACAUGGAGCAUCUCAGACGGCUCCAUCUACCACCUGGAGCAAGCUUUACCGGAGACACACUCUUUGUAGGAGGAGCCAAUUCAACCUACCUCAGACCCGAAGACUACCCAGAGAUCAAGACCUUCUUCCCGAAUGCCAGCUUUGCGUCCAUAGAGGGGGCCGGUCACUGGGUCCACUCUGAGAAACCUGCCGAGUUCCUGAACGCCAUUCUUCCAUUCCUCAGGGAUUCUUCAUGACACCCAAGGAAUGAUGUUUGAGCAUCAACCUGCUUUUUUUUCCUGCUGAAAACAAGAACGGGUAAAAUGUUAAAAAGUCAAAUUGUAUGCCAUUAUGAAAACCU